GCUGAGGAGAUUUUUUUUUGUUGGUGUGUGGCGGCCAUUUUUCCACCUCACCCUGACAAAUCUGUCAAUAUAGUCACUCCAUCCGCUUCUGUCCUUCUUAAAAUAUCCAACAAGAGCUCCCUCCUGUCUUUUAUUCAUUUAGUUGUUUUUUUUUAAAAAAAAGAGCCUCCUUAUUUGCAUUUCCUUCCUUUAAAUGUAUGUUUCCUUUUCAGGAUAUUUAUUAAUGUAAAUUUUCUGUGACCACCCCCUCCAACACCUUCAUUUCUCUUCAAAUACAAAUAUAUAUAUAUAACUUAACAUUCAAUGAUGCCGGCAUCUUUUGGCAAUGAGGAGGACGGGAUGGAAAACGAUGAGGGAGCCCCAGGAUUAAAUGGAAUUGUGAGCCCUGCCCCUCUCAUGGACAUGAGCUGCCUCAAAGAUGACUAUCGGGCAGAGGAAGAGGAGGAGGAGGAGGAGGAAGAGGAAAGCCGUGAACCAAUGUUUCCAGAAGAAGAACCAGCCAAAGUGAAGAAAAAAAGGAAACCAAGGAAACAGAAAGAGAACAAGACUCCAAAAAUGAAGAAGAGGAAGAAGGAGGAGCAGAAGUCCUCCACGUACUUAAUGGACGACUGGGGUUUGGAAGAUGUGGAUUAUGAGUUCACAGAGGAGGAUUACCACACCUUGACCAACUAUAAAACCUUCAGCCAGUUCCUGAGGCCGCUCAUUGCCAAGAAAAAUCCAAAAAUCCCCAUGUCAAAAAUGAUGACAGUGCUUGGUGCAAAAUGGCGGGAGUUCAGUGCCAAUAACCCUUUCAAAGGGACCUCGGUGGCAGCAGCAGAGGUGGCAGCAGCGGCUGUGGCGGCUGCAGUAGAACAGGUGAUCGUGGCUCCGUCAGUACCUAUUCAGGUGCCGCCCCCUGUACAGCCUCCAGUUCCUCUAAGGAAAGCCAAGACCAAAGAAGGAAAAGGCCCAGGGGUCCGAAAGAAAAGUAAAAGUGCUCGAGCUGCUGAAUUAAAGAAGAAAGGAAAAGGGAAGAAGAUGGUGUCCCUGAAAAUCAAAUUGGGAGGAUUCAGCGGCAAACGGAAAAAGGAAUCUUCGAGCGAUGAAGAUGACCACGGCGAAUCCGAUCUGGACAGUGCCAGUGUCCAUAGCUGCUCCGUGCGAUCCGAGGGCUCAGCUGGUUUGGGCAAGAGGAGGAGGAAAGGUGGCAAGAGAAAAAAGAAGUUGGAAGAAGGUGAUGGCUACGAGACAGACCACCAGGACUACUGUGAAGUUUGCCAGCAAGGAGGGGAAAUUAUCUUGUGUGAUACGUGUCCUAGGGCCUAUCAUUUAGUCUGCUUGGACCCCGAGAUGGAGAAGGCCCCAGAAGGGAAGUGGAGUUGUCUGCACUGUGAAAAGGAAGGAAUCCAAUGGGAGGCCAAAGAGGACGAAGAGGAUGAGGAUGAAGAGGAGGGUGUGGAUGAAGAAGAUGAUGAUCACAUGGAAUUCUGCCGCGUCUGCAAAGAUGGAGGCGAGCUGCUGUGUUGUGACUCCUGCCCUUCCUCUUAUCACAUUCAUUGCCUUAACCCCCCGCUGCCCGAGAUCCCGAACGGGGAGUGGAUUUGUCCUCGUUGCCUGUGCACACCCCUGAAAGGUAAAGUUCAGCGAAUCUUGCACUGGACGUGGGGCUCCCCCCCGCCGCCACGCACUCCUUCAGGCCUGACGGACGGAGCCACUGACGCUGAGCGCCCCAAGCCCCUGGAAGGGCGACCGGAGCGAGAGUUCUUCGUGAAAUGGGUGGGACGGUCCUACUGGCACUGCUCUUGGGCCACAGAACUGCAGCUGGAGCUGUACCACACGGUGAUGUUCCGGAACUUCCAAAGGAAGAACGACAUGGACGAGCCACCUCCGUUCGACUAUGGCUCCGGGGAUGACGAGAAGAGCGAAAAGCGGAAGAAUAAAGAUCCACAGAGCGCGGCAAUGGAAAAGCGGUUCUAUCGGUACGGCAUCAAACCUGAGUGGCUGAUCAUCCAACGAAUCAUAAAUCACAGCUUUGAUAAGAAGGGUGACUUACAUUAUCUGAUUAAAUGGAGGGAUUUGCCAUAUGAUCAGGCUACCUGGGAACAUGAAGAUUUUGACAUUCCAGAUUACGACACCAUGAAGGAGAUGUACUGGAAUCACAGGCAGUUGAUUAUGGGUGAAGACAUACGACCAGUGAGGAAGCUGAACAAGAAAGGACAGAAAGCUCGGGAGUUGGUCUUUGACCCACCGCCAUGCCAGCCUGUUGUGGACCCGACCGUGAAGUUUGACAAGCAGCCCGAUUACAUUGACGCUACCGGAGGCAACUUGCACCCGUACCAGCUGGAGGGGCUGAACUGGCUGCGUUUCUCCUGGGCACAGGGCACAGACACCAUCCUGGCUGAUGAGAUGGGACUGGGGAAAACAGUUCAGACCAUUGUGUUUCUGUACUCGCUCUUCAGAGAGGGACACUCCAAGGGACCUUUCCUAGUGAGUGCCCCACUGUCAACGAUUAUUAAUUGGGAGCGGGAGUUCAUGAUGUGGGCGCCAUCCUUCUACGUGGUAACGUACACUGGAGACAAAGAUUGCCGAGCUGUAAUCCGUGAGAAUGAGUUCUGCUUUGAUGAGAAUGUUUUCAAGAACGGGAAAAAGACCUUCAGGAUGAAGAGUGAAGCACAAAUAAAGUUUCAUGUCCUGCUCACAUCGUACGAGAUGAUCACCAUUGACCAGACAAUUCUCGGAUCCAUUGACUGGGCUUGCCUUGUGGUUGAUGAAGCUCACAGGCUGAAAAAUAACCAGUCCAAAUAUUUCAGGGUGCUAAAUUCAUAUAAAAUCGAUUACAAGCUGCUGUUGACGGGGACACCACUGCAGAAUAACCUGGAGGAGCUUUUCCACCUGCUGAACUUUCUCACUCCUCUGCGUUUCAAUAAUCUGGAAGGAUUCCUGGAAGAGUUUGCAGACAUCUCGAAAGAAGAUCAGAUCAAGAAGCUUCACGACCUCCUGGGUCCACAUAUGCUGCGGCGUCUUAAGACCGACGUCUUUAAGAACAUGCCGUCAAAGACCGAGCUGAUUGUCCGCGUGGAGCUCAGUUCCAUGCAGAAGAAGUAUUACAAGUUCAUUUUGACCAAAAACUUUGAGGCUCUGAAUUCGAAAGGCGGUGGGAACCAGGUAUCACUACUGAACAUCAUGAUGGAUCUGAAGAAGUGCUGCAACCAUCCCUACUUGUUUCCGGUGGCUGCGGUGGAAGCCCCAGUGUUGCCGAAUGGAUCGUAUGACGGGAAUUCACUGGUGAAGUCCUCUGGAAAGCUGAUACUCCUGCAAAAGAUGUUGAGGAAGCUGCACAGCCAGGGCCACCGAGUGUUGAUCUUCUCCCAGAUGACUAAAAUGCUGGAUCUGUUGGAGGAUUUCCUGGAGUACGAUGGAUAUAAAUACGAGCGGAUAGAUGGGAGCAUCACUGGCAAUCAACGGCAGGAGGCUAUCGACCGGUUUAAUGCCCCUGGAGCCCAGCAGUUCUGUUUCCUCCUGUCCACUCGAGCCGGAGGUCUGGGAAUUAACUUGGCCACAGCAGACACUGUUGUAAUUUACGAUUCAGACUGGAACCCCCACAAUGACAUUCAGGCGUUCAGCAGGGCUCAUCGCAUUGGCCAGAACAAGAAGGUGAUGAUCUACCGUUUCGUGACCCGGGCCUCGGUAGAAGAACGCAUCACGCAGGUGGCCAAGAAGAAGAUGAUGCUAACUCACUUGGUGGUGCGGCCCGGAUUGGGGUCCAAGUCUGGCUCCAUGUCCAAGCAGGAGUUGGAUGACAUCCUCAAGUUCGGCACGGAGGAACUCUUCAAGGAUGAUGAAGCUGAGAAGGAAGCUGAGGAGAUGCGGAUGAUCCACUACGAUGACAGUGCUAUCUCCAAGCUUCUCGAUCGCAAUCAGAACGCAACGGACGAUGCUGACAUUCAGAAUAUGAACGAGUACCUCAGCUCCUUCAAAGUAGCCCAGUACGUGGUACGGGAAGAGGACGAACAGGAGGAGGUUGAAAGAGAGAUCAUCAAACAGGAAGAGAAUGUGGACCCUGAUUAUUGGGAGAAGCUUCUUAGGCAUCACUAUGAGCAGCAACAAGAGGAUCUCGCCAGGAAUCUGGGCAAAGGGAAGCGCAUUCGCAAGCAGGUCAACUACAACGAUGCCUCCCAGGAGGACCAAGAGUGGCAGGAUGACCUAUCAGACAACCAGUCGGAGUACUCCGUGGGCUCUGAGGAUGAGGAUGAAGACUUUGAAGAGAAGCUGGAAGCUGGGAGACGACAAUCACGGAGGCAACUUAAGAAUGAGAGGGACAAACCCCUCCCGCCCUUACUAGCUCGAGUUGGUGGGAAUAUUGAGGUUCUUGGGUUCAAUGCUCGCCAGCGGAAAGCCUUUGUCAAUGCCAUCAUGCGCUGGGGGAUGCCGCCACAAGAUGCUUUCAAUUCACACUGGCUGGUGCGAGAUCUCCGGGGGAAGAGUGAGAAGGAGUUCCGAGCCUACGUCUCGUUGUUUAUGAGACACUUGUGUGAACCGGGUGCAGACGGAUCCGAGACCUUUGCAGACGGUGUGCCCCGUGAAGGGUUGUCCCGGCAACAUGUGCUCACCAGGAUAGGCGUGAUGUCACUGGUCAGGAAGAAGGUGCAGGAGUUUGAAUACAUCAACGGGAGGUACAGCACGCCGGAGAUGGUGCCCGAGAACAUGGAGAGCAAGAAGCCCAUUGACUGCACGUCGUCUGAUGCCAGCACCCCUGUUGCUGCCAGCCCUGCCUGCCCUCUGCCUGGUGUACCAGCUCACAGCUCUACCGAGAAGAAUGACUGCUGUGCGGAAGUGAUGGAUGACAGCGAGAGGGAAAAGGAGGAGUGUGAGAUUCCCGGCGGGGUGAAGGCGGCUCCUGGCAGCGAGAAGCCUCAGGAAGCGGAGAGCAAGAGGCAAGGGGGCGAGAGCGGAGCGGAGGAGAAAGGGGGGCACGAGCUGCUGGAGCAGACGGCACCCCCUCACCCCAAAGCUGAAGAGGCUAACGAGGACAAAGAUGUUGCAGAAAGCCUGCAGAAUGGUGAGAUAGUGAAAGACAUGAAGGAGGAAGACAGCAGAAAGGAGCAGGCUGGCAAAGGAAAAUUUAUGUUCAAUAUCGCGGACGGAGGUUUCACAGAGUUGCACACACUUUGGCAGAAUGAAGAACGAGCUGCUGUUUCUUCCGGAAAGAUCUACGACAUCUGGCAUAGGAGGCACGACUACUGGCUGCUGGCUGGCAUCGUUGCUCACGGCUAUGCUCGAUGGCAAGACAUCCAAAACGAUCCCAGAUACACCAUCAUCAAUGAACCGUUCAAAGCGGAGAUGAACAAGGGGAAUUUCCUGGAAAUGAAGAACAAGUUCCUGGCCAGGAGGUUCAAGCUCCUGGAGCAGGCUCUGGUGAUCGAAGAGCAACUACGGAGAGCCGCUUACCUCAACAUGACCCAGGACCCCAACCACCCUGCCAUGGCUCUCAACGCCCGCUUCGCUGAGGUUGAAUGUUUAGCCGAGAGCCACCAACAUCUCUCCAAGGAGUCUCUGGCCGGUAACAAGCCCGCCAAUGCAGUUCUGCACAAAGUCCUGAACCAGCUGGAGGAGCUCCUGAGUGACAUGAAGGCGGACGUGACGAGGCUCCCCAACAUGCUGUCGCGGGUCCCGCCUGUCGCCGCCCGGCUCCAGAUGUCAGAGCGAAGCAUCCUGAGUCGACUCGCCAACCGGGGCACUGAGCCCCAGCAGCAGCCCUUCCCGCAGGGUCAGUACGGAGCGGCGCAGAUGUAUACUAGCAGCUUUGGGCCCACCUUCCGAGGGCCAGGGGCCGGAGCCCUCAUCAACUACAACCAGAUGCCACUGGGCCCCUACAUCAGCGCGACCACAAACAUUUCCGCUGUGAGUGUCCCGGAUAAAAAGCACUUGCCGGAAGGACUGAAGGAAAUGGAAGCAGGGGAAAGGAAAGAGAAAGUCAGUGAUGUGAUCUGCAUCGAAGAUUGACGGCAAGUCACCAGGAGCAGCUCCCAGCUAACAGCCAGCUCAGCCUGCCACCACACUCCUGACCUUCUGUAAACGCUCUUGAGAAACAUCAACUGUUUUCAUCUGGGGAGAGGGUGGUGGGGUGAGGAGGUGGGGGGUGGGGGGGGAGUGCUGCGCUCACUUGUACAUAUUUGCACUUUCUUUGCACGCUCGUGGAAGGCUGUUCCUGUUGCAUUGAGUGUUGUUUCAGGGAGAAUAAGGCCAGAGGUUAGGGAAUCAGGCUGAGAGACAACAAAAGCAUGAUCCUAAUCAGAACUUGCAAAGUCUGGAACUGAUUCUACACAGAUUCUGCUCAGCAUAACAUCCCUCAUCACCAUCACUAACCCUGGUCCUCCAUAGUGUACAGUUCGUAAACUACCUCCCUUCCUAGCUACAAUGUACUCUUCCUAACCCCACCCCUCUUUAAUGUCCUGGUCCACUACAGUGUUCUGCCCUUAACCAAAGUAUACUAUCUCUAACCCAGCCACCCCACCACAAACACUAAAGUGUUAUGAUCAAGUCCAGUGCAAUCUACCAUAAUAUAACUCCUACCACAAUCAAUCACCCUCGGCAUCAACCCCAGCCCAGUUACCCUGCUCCCCUGCUCCCCUGAGAACUCGGGAUUCCUGUGAGAAGGAAUCAGCUUUCACACAUUGGCUUGGGGGCACUUGGAGACUCCUGUGGUUUUGUCAAGGAGAAGAAAUCCUGCAUUCCGGGUCGGAAAGCUGGAGCUUGGACGUUCGUCCAGCCCAGUUUGGAACAAAGAACCCAUCCCUGUUCUGGUUCUCAGCUUCUCUGUGUUAGCAGGGCAGAGCCAUUAAUUUGCCCCUUUACAUGGCCUCCGAUUUGGGGUGUUGGAACAAGUUUGUGCCAUUUGCCAAUCUUAAGGCACAGGACUGUGCCAUAUCUUGUGUUAUGGAGGAGGCUUGCUGAGACUGGGCAUCGACCCACUCCCAGAAUUACCACAUCCCGGGAAAAUUCUCCACGUCCAAACACUGCGUCCAGUGUAUGUUGCUGGCAGCCCGGAAGCACGUGUCCAGAAUUACGCUGUGCUAGCGGGCAGUAGCACUGCACAGUGUAGAAUUGUGCCAUUCAGAGCGCAGAAAACCUGGUCGUGCCUCUGGUUGGAAAGUGACUGCGUUGGGACGAGACCAGAAACUCUCAGCAAUAAGGCCUAACCCAGGCAACGCUGAUGCUCUCCGAUAUCAGAUGGUCUGUGGAUGAGGUUAUAGUGCGCUGCCAGGAACCUUGGCAUCCCCUUCCUCUCCCUUACACCUACCAUCGUAGAACCAGUCUACCCUGACAUCACAGAACCGACAAAGCCAAGUUAGAAUCGGUACCUUCAGGAGAGGGAAGUCUCCCAAAUCUCGUUGCUAUUGGUAGCGAAUCACACUUCCCCUAGCUAAUGCUUUAAUGAAACAGGAUGCAAUUUUUAAUGUCAAUUAAGCUGGUUUAUUACAAGCAUCAAAAGGCUUGAAUAUUGAAAUUUCAGUGCCUUUUCAAAGCCAGAUUAUAUGAAUUGAGGUGAGGUGGUAUAACUCAAGAGGUUUAAGCUUCUGAAAAUACCCAUUUAUGAGAGUGUAUGCGAGGCUCCCCAUUGUUCUUUAUCUUCACUUUCAUCCUCAGUUCUGCUUAAACUUCUCCAUAGAUUAAAAUUCCGGUUCAUGCCCACUGGCUCUUCAUUUUCCAUUAUUUUCUCUCUCCUCUCCUCCUUGUUUGCCUUUCAAUUAUGCUUCUCAUUUCCCUCCUUUUCUCCCCAUCUCUUUUUACUCUUUCCUUCUGCAGAGACUCUCUGCAAACACGUUCCACAAUGUCCGUGUCCCUCAGUUUCUCGGCCUCGUGCCUACGUGACAUGGGCGAGCGCUGACAUUGUGUCUGCUCCAAGUUCAGCAAGGAAUGGCACUGUGGUAGAAGCUAAUCCAUGCACAAGAUAUUAACUUUUGGCUUUUGGGGGAAGUAAAUAUAAAUGGGUCCACCUCUCUGGCAACUUCAUCCUAAAUCUCUGAAGUCAAUCAGGAGAUGGUGCAACAUGGGAUACAUGUUGGCAACCAGACACGAGCUGAAGGAGCUGUAAACCCUAGAGAGGUUGGACUUUUCCAUUCAGCCAGAUUCUCACUGGGCUGUAGUUCGGUUCUGUUUUCCCUUUUAUCUCCAAUCCAAUGCGAGGCUGUUGGUUUGAGGGUGACUUGAUAAAGCAACUUUUUUUGCUUAACAGUAUUAUGUUAUAAUGGUAGGUAUUGUAUUGUUCAUUUAAUACAUGGGAGAUCUAUUGAGAAAAUUUCCAGCCAUUUGCACAUAUCUGUUCAAACCCAGUGUUAUAACUUUUUUUUAAAGCAGUACCUUGUCAGGUGUUAUUGUAUUUUCCAAUUUUGUGUACAGAAUAUUACUGCUGUCCAACUUGAGAUUAAUAAGCUAUUUGGUAAGAAAGUCUCUCUCGAACUGAAAGGCUUUAAGUUGACUGUAUAAACUCAAAGUGCAUCUUAAUACAGUCCCUAAAACAAUGCAGCCUUGUGCUCCUCUCUCUCUGUUCCUCUAAUUCUCCACAUCAGCAGAAGUUAAAGCCAAUGUGUUUAAUCAUUAUUUCUAAAGUUGUAAACCGUGAUGUUGUUUCCCCCUGCUGGUCUGUUGGGGUAACAACAGGUAAUCUGGCAGCAAGCCAUUUGGGUCACCAAAGGUCUCAUGAUCUAGGGAGAGGGAAGCAGGUGGAAGAGUGGAGAGGAUUGUGAGGGCAUUUUUGGGCAAGACAAUGCCAAAUUAAUCAUUUCUAUGCUCAUCUCUGAAAUGCCAAGUGAAAGCAAAGAUAUGUAGUGGACAGGUGAAUGUGGUCACUAACGUUAAAGAACAGAAUUCUCCAGCUCCGCUUUUACAGAGUCUAGAAAUGUACAGCGCAGAAACAGGCUCUUCAGCCAAUCUGUUCCAUGCUGAACACUUUACACUGCCCGCUCCAUACCUCUACCAUCCAUGUACCUAUCCAAAUGUAUUAAACAUUGAAUCAAGCUUGCAUGCACCACUUGGGUUGGCAACUCAUUCCACACUCUUGUGACUCUGAGUGAAGAAGUUUCCCCGCAUUUCCCCUUAAACUUUUCACUUUUCACCCCUAACCCAUGACCCCUGGUUGUUGUUCCACCCAACCUUAAUGGAAGAAGCUUGCUUGCAUUUACCCUAUCUAUACUCCUCAUAAUUUUGUAUACCUCUAUCAAAUCUCCUCUCAAUCUUUCCCAGUUCCUCUUUAAACACAGAGAAACCCUCCACAAGAACUUCUGUACAAGAAGAAAAAUUCCACUUACUAUUGGCCUUUUCCUGUUCUAAUUCCAGGGAUAUGAGCUCUCCUGAGAUGGAGGAUAAGAACUGGAAAAUGAAACAGGGUGGAGGUUGGGGGAAUGGGAAGUGAUGACUGCAUUCUGACAGAGGCAAAUUGAAGAA